AAAUGAUUCUCUCUCCACUGAAAUGCGGCCACCCCUGAGGUGGAAGCAGUUAAACAACACACAGCAACAUCACAUGAGUUUAGGACAGGCAGUGAAGAGGAGUAUCGUGCCCAACUGAAACAUCAGGGGGAGUUCUAGUUCUCUGAACAUGUCCCAGAAGGAUCCCUGCCAGAAACAAGCCUGUGAAAUACAGAAAUGCUUGCAAGCGAACAACUACGUGGAGUCUAAGUGUGAAGCUGUGCUUCGAGAGAUGAGGAAGUGCUGUGCCCGGUACCCCAAGGGCAGAUCCAUCUGUUGUUCAGGUUUUGAGAAAGAAGAGAGAGAAAAGCGUAAAGCUACUUCAGAAGGAAUUCCCCCACCACCUCAGUAAUACAAAGCAGCUCCAGCAGGUGCCAGAGCAUGGACUCACCUGCGGAGCCCAGGUGUGUGUUUUUGAGCCUUCUCUAGACUUUCUGGAAAGCCAGAGGGCUCCUAGAACACACCACCCCGCGCACCAAAAAGCAUAACGCAGUACCAAGAGAUGGCCUGGUUGACAGACUUUAUUUUCUGUACCAAAACAUCAUCUACAUUGUCCUCGCAUUGCAUCCGUGUCUGUGAAAAAUCAAUCUGACGUGUUUAGAAUGCUUACCUUACUCUAACCUAUCCUUGCUCUCAAAAUGGAGGGCUGGAACCAAGUUACUGUGGCGUCUGGAGGGGGAGGUACAGGAAAUGUGCUCUUAAGAGUGAGUUUAAGUGUGACACAUGAAAACAAAGUCCAUUUUGACACAGCAAAGGUAUUGCUGCCGUCGGGCAGCAGUUCUAGGCAACAUUCACCUGUCCAGGGGUUCAAGCUCAAGAAUGGGAAUCGGGUCUGGGGUUUGUUCCCAGGUCUUGCAUAGCUCACGGUGACCACGCGUCACUCUGCCUAAGUGCCUCACUUUCCCCCUGGACAGUUUAGAUGACUUUCUAUUUGAAUUGCCUACACGCUGCUAUUUGCAUGACAAUAAAGAUGUUACAGGAACAUUAUUUCAGGGAUUGCUACAGGAAUAGGAUCUUUUUUUAAAAAAAGAAAAAAAGAAAAAGCAAUAUUCGUUUGGAAAUCCUGACUGUUGAUAUAAAAUUUAUAAAUUUCUGUAUAAUUGAAGACCUUUAAGCAAUAUGUUACCAAUCCAGCAUAUCUGGGUGUGCUGGAACCCAGAGGCCUAUCACAAAGCCCUGGGCUAGAUCCAAGAACCGAUUUAGGUGCCACUUCUGAACACACAGUUGUAGGCACUCUCUGUCAGUACAGCACUUCAGACUCACACACAACCCAAUCCGUCUGUGUCUGGACCCCAGGGAGAGGUGGCUCUUCAGUAACUCUCACCUGUGCAGCAGAAUUUCCUGUGACCUGUAGGAAGAGCUCGGUAGUCAGGUUCCUGCAUCACCCUUCAGAGCUGCCUCUGUCUCUCCGUCCACUGUAGCAGGAGUCCAGGCACCUCAGUGGGUGCCAAGUCCAUUGCAGGGCCCAGGCACCGAAAUACCAGACUUCGAACCCACUAGGCUCCUAACUCUGUCAUUAGAUCUAGCCGUAAAGGACUUUUGUGCUGUGAUAAUUAACUACAAAAUACAGCUUCUAUAAACAGACCACUGUAGUCUAGGCACAAUAGUUGAGUGUAUUGAAGCCUAGAACGGCAAACCAUCUGUACCUGCUGCUCUGAAAUACCAUAACACGAAAUAAAUGACUGGAACAAACUGCA